GCGCUCGCAGCCCCGUCCCGGGAGCCGCGUCCUCGGCGGGGCCCGGCGGGAGCGGGACCGGGACCGGGACCCCGCACGGAGCCGCCCCGGGGCUGGGGAGCCCCUGCCAGAAAAUGUUGCUGUCCUGACCAGCAGUCAUGAAGAGAAGGGGGUGAAGCGAAUUUGUCUGGAGAAAUAGGAAGUUUUGAAGUUUUCAGUGGGAUUUAUUACCAGUGGCUGCAGGAGGUGUUGCCAAGCCAACCGUUGACACUGGAAUGGAUGAAAAGCCUCAGACUUGAGCGCUUCUUUGCUAUGCUUCAGCCUUGUUUCCUGCUGUGUCCUGACCCUGGAGUGAGCCCUGGCUGGGCUGCAAGUUUGGCAUUUCCAGCAUGAUCAGUGCUCGAAGGAGUGGCCGUACUACGUGAGCAGAGUGGAAACAUAUGGAUGAAAUGCUUACCAUGCACUGAGCAGCACGGCACCAAGCACAGAGCUCCGGGAAAAUGUCUGCUUGCAACACUUUCACUGAGCACGUCUGGAAACCCGGUGAAUGUAAGAACUGCUUCAAGCCCAAAAGCUUGCACCAGUUGCCCCCCGUGUCAGAAAAGAAGCCCCUCUCGCAUGGAAAUCUGAAACCCAAUGCAAACCAAAGCAACAGCCAGCGGGGGAGAAACAGCGGGAACUUCCGACCGCCCGUGGCCAAGAAACCCACCAUAGCUGUGAAACCCACCAUGAUGGUGGUGGAUGGGCAGGGGGUGUGUGCCGAGAUCAGCACGCUGGAGCAGGGGGAGAACAAACCCCUGCCCACGGGGUGGAACCGAAACAAAGCGGCCUUGAACAAAAAACCACUGAACAACAACAACGAAGAGGAAAUCGAAGGUUACAGCCACGUCUCCAGGCCUUACGGCAACAACGAGGGGGUGGGGAAGAUACCAAAUAACAAUAACAACGGACUGACAGAAGUUUUGAAGGAGAUUGCAGGUUUGGACACCGCACCUCAGCUCACCGGCAAUGAAACGAACUCAAGAGAAACCUUCUUGGGAAGGAUAAAUAAUUGCUAUAAAAGGUCAUUAGAAAGAAAGAUCCCUCCGAGCUGCAUGGUGGGUGGAAUGAAGGACUCACAGAGUAAGCACGUUAUUCUGAGUGGAAGCACUGAAGUAAUAAGUAAUGAAGGUGGACGUUUCUGUUAUCCAGAGUUCUCUAGCGGAGAUGAGAGUGAGGAUGACACGUUUUUUGGCAGCAUGCAGGAAGAGCAUGAGAGCUGGGACGAGAGUGAUGAAGAGUUGCUAGCGAUGGAAAUUCGCAUGAGGGGCCAGCCCCGCUUUGCCAACUUCAGAGCUAACACCCUGUCUCCUGUGCCGUUCUGUGUGGACAAAAAAUGGAACACUGUGCCCCUUCGGAACAAGUCUCUGCAGCGGAUCUGUGCAGUAGAUUAUGACGACAGUUAUGAUGAAAUUUUAAAUGGUUACGGGGAAGAGACUGUGAUUCUCUAUGGGCAAGAGAGCAUGCAGAGUAUGGUAUCGUCUGAUUCGACGUCUCCUGAUUCUUCUCUGACAGAAGAGUCUCGUUCCGGAACAACGAGCAGUUCUUCACAGAAGCUCUGUAAUGGAGGGUUGUCUCCCAGCACUCCUCAGGACCUCAAAUUGAUCGAACCGGAAUAUGAAAGUCUCUGUGACGAUCAGCAAGUGAAGGAUGUGUCAAAAGCGCCCAGAAAUGCUCCAAAAAGUCUAGAAACUCACAAGGCAGUCCUUGCGCUUCGACUGGAGGAGAAGGAUGGCAAAAUUGCUGUGCAGACUGAUAAGCAAGAGAAUAAAAGUUCUUCAGAUGUUGCUGGUCAAGCAGUAACUAUUAAUUUGGUGCCCGUGGAGGAGCAAGCUAAACCUUACAGGGUGGUGAACAUGGAACAGCCAGUGUGCAAGCCAUAUACUGUGGUGGAUGUAUCAGCUGCCAUGACCAAUGAAUGUAAGGAGAAUCAGACUGAAACCUCAGAAACCAAAAAUGCAUCAUCUAACCCAAGCUCGCCGGUAACUCCAGGCACACCUGUUGCAUCCUCUGCAGCAUCACCUGUACGUGUUAAUGCUAACCUGAAAAAAUCCAGUGCAAUCAGAUACCAGGAAGUGUGGACUUCUAGUACUAGUCCAAGACAGAAGAUACCUAAGGUGGAGCUGAUUGCAAACAGCUCAGGACCUUCCGUUCCUCCCAGGAAGACAAGCCACAAGUCAGCUCCUACUUCACCUACAGCUACAAACAUUUCUUCAAAAACUAUCCCAGUUAAGUCUCCCAAUUUAUCUGAGAUAAAAUUCAACAGCUACAACAAUGCUGGCAUGCCACCUUUUCCUAUUAUCAUUCACGAUGAGCCCACUUAUGCCAAGAGUUCCAAAAAUGCUAUUAAAGUUCCUAUUGUAAUCAAUCCGAACGCUUAUGAUAACCUGGCUAUCUAUAAAAGUUUUCUAGGGACCAGCGGGGAGCUGUCCAUCAAAGAUAAAACUACCAGUGUGAUAAGCCAUACAUAUGAGGAAAUAGAAACAGAAAGUACAAUAACUGAAGCCAUAGGCAGUAAACCCGCUGAGUUGUCCCAACCAAAGGGGGUGAUGAAUAGCUCUGAGUGCAGACUGGGUUCUGUGGCUCAAAAGGUCCAAGAGUUCAACAGCUGUCUCAGUAAAAGCCAGAUAUCCCCACAGAGAAGUCACAGUGCUGACCACAGCUCCCCAUCAAAAGCUCAAAAGGCGACACAAGAGCCUGCAGCGAAAACAGACGUAACGCCGGAGGGUUCUGUUGGCAGCAGUGGUGGCAGAGAGAAUGCAAGCACGGUGCUCUCACAGAUUGUGGCUUCUAUCCAGCCUCCACAAUCUCCUCCAGAAACACCUCAGUCUGGACCCAAGUCCUGUAGUGUACAAGAACUGUAUUCCUUACCUCCGGAGGGAGACACUCCUAAAAACACCCUGGUACGACCCAAAUCUCUGUUUACGUCACAGCCUGAAAUAGAGUCCUCCAAGACGGCGGAAAACACGGCUGGGAAAGUGCCGAAAGAUCCGCUGUCCCAGCUGGCUGCCACUCCCUCUCCAAAGCCAGCGCGAGCCACCCCGAAUGCCACGAGUCCUCAGGCAGAGCAGGCACCGCCGUUCCCGCCCCCACGCUCCACCUCCUCACCCUACCACGCCAGUAACUUGCUGCAAAGACAUUUCAGCAACUGGACCAAACCCACCAGCCCCACCAGGUCCACGGAGGCCGAGUCGAUCCUGCACUCGGAGGGGCGUCGCGCCGACGCGAAGCCCAAACGCUGGAUAUCGUUCAAGAGCUUCUUCCGCCGCAGGAAACCCGACGAUGAGGAAGACAAAGAGAAGGAGAGAGAGAGAGGGAAGCUGGUGGGUCUGGAUGGAACUGUCAUCCACAUGCUCCCCCCUCCCCCAGUUCAGCGGCAUCACUGGUUCAGCGAGGCCAAGUCGGACUCCAGCGAGAAGCCCUCCAUCGUUUUCAUGUACCGGUGUGAGCCGGCGCCGGCUGAGCCCAAGGCUGACCUCCCACCCAAGGGGGGAGUGGAGUCUGCCAUCGCAGAGGCACUGGCAAAAGACAAAGGCGAAGCGCAGGAAAAGCCUCCCAAGAGCUCUGAACAGAACCCAGCGAGCCAUUCCUCACCACCUCAGAUUCCCAAGAAAAUCCCCAGCACACCAGAACACUGUGGAAUCAAUGGCUCGCCAGAGUUUCAAGACAUGAUUAAAAGACUCAAGAAGGCCCUGAAAGAAUUUCCUUUAAUGGGGAAUUGUGUGAGUGAGUACAGUGGUCAAGUGCCCGAUGACACGACCCUGGAGGACUUGUCCCCUCGUGUCCCCAGAGCCGUGUUUGUGAAGCAGGACAAUGGUGGCAGCGCCUCCGUCAUUCCCGUGUCCUCGGCGCGUCCUCCGCAGGGGGAGGAGGAGAAAGAAGAAGCUCCACAUUCUCCCAACUUAAAUACCUGCAGUGCCACGUACAGCAAUUUAGGACAGUCCAGAGCAACCAUGAUCCCUCCAAAACAGCCGAGGCAACCCAAGGGAGCUCUGGAUGAUGCCAUUGCCUUCGGAGGGCUGGUAGACCAGGAGACAGUGAACAACUUGCAGCCAACCCCACCUCCACUGCCAAAGAAAACAAUCCUGAGAGCUAACACGGAGCCGACUCCCAGAGAUCUCCAGAAGCAGGCCCUGGAGAACAACCUGUGCAUCAUGGCCAAUCCCACCUACGACAUCGACACCAACUGGGAAGCGAGCAGCGCCUGCUCCUCCGUCAGCCUGGAGCUCAAGGUACUGGACAACGAGUCGGGAGAUUCCUUGGACAGGCCUACGGAAAAACUGAGGGCAACCACGUCGGCCACGAACAGUGUUUCCAGCCUAACCACUAUCAGUAUUAAGGACCGGUGCUCCAACAGCAUGGAGUCUCUGACGGGGAGACACCUCUCGCAGGCCAGGCAGGGCAGGGGGGUGCAGAAGCCGCAGAGACAAGCACUUUAUCGCGGGAUCGAAAACCGGGAGGAGGUGGUGGGUAAGAUCCGAGGCCUCCACGCCGACUCCCUGAAGAAGCUGGCGCUGAAAUGCGAGGACCUGUUCAUGGCCGGGCAGAAGGACCAGCUGCGCUUCGGGGUGGACAGCUGGUCCGACUUCCGGCUGACCAGCGACAAGCCCUGCUGCGAGGCCGGCGACGCCGUCUACUACCCGGCUUCCUACGCCAAGGAUCCGCUCAACAAUUACGCAGUCAAGAUUUGUAAGAGCAAAGCAAAGGAGUCCCAGCAGUAUUAUCACAGCCUGUCUAUCCGGCAGAGCCUGGCCAUCAACUUCAACAUCCAGCAGGACUGUGGCCAUUUCCUGGCUGAAGUGCCAGUUCGACUCCUGCCGUGGGAGGACGAUGACGCGCCCGACGCGGAAGAAGAAGAAGACCGGGAGGAAGAGGAGAAAGAACCUGAGCAGAAGAACAGAGACACGGCUUCCAGUGCGGAGGCUGCAGCCAGAGAGGGCUCCAGCAGGCCGGGGACCAUGAGCCGGCCCCGCAGCCGUGUGGUGGUGAUCACGCGGGAGGUGCCACACCUGACCGUGGCCGACUUCGUGCGCGAGUCCGAGCCCCGCCACGCCAAGAGCCCCGACCUGUACGAGAGGCAGGUCUGUCUGCUCCUCCUGCAGCUGUGUUUGGGCCUGGAGCACCUGAAGCCAUAUCACAUCACACACUGUGAUCUGCGCUUGGAGAACCUGCUGCUGGUUCACUCCAGACCGGGAGGCAGCCCCCUGAGCCCCGAGUCCAUGGAGCACGGUCCCAACACCGCCUGCCCAGCCAGGCUCAUAGUGAGCAAUUUCUCCCAGGCCAAGCAGAAGAGUCACAUGGUGGAUCCAGAGGUCCUACGGGAUCAGUCCCGCCUGGCUCCAGAAAUCAUCACGGCGACACAGUACAAAAAGUGUGAUGAGUUCCAGACUGGCAUCCUCAUCUAUGAAAUGCUGCACUUACCCAACCCCUUCGAUGAGAAUCCAGAGCUGAAAGAGAAGGAGUACACUCGUGCUGACCUCCCGAAGAUUCCUUGCCGUUCCCUUUACUCUCAAGGGCUUCAACAACUUGCCAGCUGCCUGCUGAAUCCCAACCCUUCAGAGAGGAUCCUGAUAUCAGAAGCCAAGGGAAUCCUUCAGUGUUUGCUUUGGGGUCCACGUGAGGACUUGUUCCAUGCUCUGAGUACCUCUUCCAACCCCUCGCGGAGAGAUGCUAUACUUCAGAACUGGCUGGACAUAAAAAGGACGCUGCUGAUGAUCAAGUUUGCAGAGAAGUCCUUGGAGAGGGACUGUGGAAUUAUUCUGGAAGACUGGCUUUGUUGUCAGUAUCUGGCUUUUGCCACUACGGACUCACUUCAUCGCAUUGUGAGAAUCAUGAAGCAGCACUAGUUUGUAGAGCCUGUUGCUUUUCAUGAAGCACCCUCACCUCUGCCCCUGCCCUCACUCCAGCCUGCACUAGGGCUCACAUUUUGUACAAGUGUUAAAAACAGCCUAGAUAUCAAAGCCAGCAACUCUGAGCAAAUAGGUUCUCAUUGGAGAAAUUGCAUCCUGUCCCCAGUCUGACAGAAACUUUACUUUUUUUGCCGGGCCCGUUAGGGAUUGUUUAUAUGUGCAUGACUGCAUUUGGAUCAGACAGUACGUGACUUGAUUCAUAUCUGGCAGAAAAGGAGAGCAAACUUUGAUACCACUAUUUCUACCACUGCAGUAAACAAAUUGCCCUCCUGUUCUGGGUAGUUUCUGUCAUUUCCUGUGUAGCACUGGUUAGUGAAUAGCAGUGACCAUCAGCAGAGAUGGAUUAGUUGUAAAUGUGAGAUGAAUGAUCCACCGUGCCACAAAACACUCAUUUGCUUCCAUUCCACACACCACACAAAAUUUCUUCUCAGCUUAAUCAGUCCCCCACAGGUGGGCUGUGCUCCUCUUUCCUUUGGUCUCAACCACAGACUUUGCUGUAUUUUCCUCCCCAGCUGUGUUUUUCCUGCUGACUGUGGCAAGUGUCAGUGAGCAUCUGUGUUCAGUCCCCUUCCCUCCUCCUCUGCCUCACUGCCUACCCAUAUCCUCUCUACCCAUGGAUCCAUGAGUUCAACAACGCUGCCUUAACCAGACCAUUACCCUUAGCUUAUGACCUCUGCAUUAAAAAGCAGAAUAUGCACACUUUGUCCCGUUUCCCAGGUGCCAUUCACCAGUCUGGACUGUUGAUGUACUGUAGCCAUAACUGCAUUUAUACAAGAACAAGACAAUGGUGGGCCACUGAAAUUCCCCCUCCAUCACAAAAGGCACUAAAGCCUGACUUGAAAUGGAUAGGACAUACAUAACCUUCUCUGACAAUCACUGCUAUGAAUCGAGGAUGAAAAUAACAGCCACCUCUUCUGUUUUAUUUUGGUCUGCUCUUGUCACUCGGGCCAUACUGCAAAAUGGGACUGAAAUUGGCUCUGCUGGUUUGUUGGCAGGAGAUAGAAAUGUUUAAAGCUUGUCUGUGUGUAGCUAAGAGGCCACAUGGAGACACUUCUACUGCAGACGUAGUUCUCUGAAGGGUAAAACCAAGGGGGCAAAAAAACUGUUGUUUAAUUAUUGAGAGCUGUUAAGUUUGGCAGCCACAGCUGACAGUAUCAUGGUCCAUGUUCCCCACAGGGGUCUCUGGCUGCCUGUAUCUUGUCUGUUGUAACUAUUGUUUUCUAAUGUUGCAACAGACACCCCAAAAAUGGAAUGUUGUCAGAAGAGCUCAAAGAGCUCCACAGACAGAGUUUUGGAUGAGAGGAGGAAUUAGUGGGGAUUAAAGAGUCAGAAUUUCUAAAAACUCAACCUGAAGGAGCUUUUUCACUUUUAGAGGCCACUGCUGACUCCCUUCCGUGCCCUGACAGCCAUUUCCCAUGGAACCUAUGCAGUUGUACAGACAAUACCUUUGCUCAGUAUUGCCAGGCUAUGAGUUGUUUCCUGAAUCACUCUGAAGAACUGAUCUGGAUGCAGGGAAAAAAGUGAUCCUGAAUAUUCUGACCCAGGUGAUGGAAAGCAGACAGCCCUAGUUAUGAGCCUGUGCUUCUCUCCUAUGGAUCUAUGUGCAAUUCUUGUAUUAUUUUUUAAAGCUGUACAUUACAGUGUUCACUUUACACACCAGCCUUUACCUGAUGCUAGAUCUGCAGCCCCUUCCUUUACUUUCCUGGCACAUAAAUGCACAGAUAUCCAUGUGUUCUUUUUUUUUAUGGAUUGAUGUUUCAUUUUAAUUGUUAAAACUGUGAGGAAUCCAUUCACUUCAGCCUUGAAACAAAUAGCCACUUUAUACAGCAUAUGCAUGCUUGGACCAGAUGCAUGGAAACCGAACAAACAGUCCUGCAGGCUCAAAGUCAGCAAAGCUAGCUCUGGAUCCACACAGUACCUUGGAGGGGCUGACAUGUCUAUCUUGCUCUUCUCUGGCAUCUCUCAGAGCUCAGCUGAAGGGCGUGUGGAAGCCUACAUCGAUUGUGCUGUAGUAUAGACUGUCUUUGUGACCUUCCUGGAGAUUUUUUGAAACUUCUGAUGAUUAUUCUGUUGUUUGAUUCACCUGUAUCAGUGAAGGAUCAGGCAAGGAUAAGGAUAAUAUAUUUUAGUGUGAUAUAUUUUUUGUUUCUUUCUCUUUUUUGCAAAAAGGUUAGGAUGGCGGCAUUGAUGCAGAAAAAAACAGGACAGUGCAUUAAAAGCCCAAGUGCAAUGUGUGUAGUUGAGGUACCUCCACUACAUCAGGAAAGAAAGUUUCUACACUACUGCUGAGCAGCUCGUAGAAGAACCUUUACAAAGAAUCCCACGUUGGGUGCAGCCCUGCUUGCUCUGGACACGGGAGGGCAACGCUCUCGUAGGUUAACACGGCGAGCACGGCAAGGCACUCGUGUGCUCUCUAGUCGCCGUUAGUCAGUGCGUGAGCUGCGAGUAGGGCUUUUGUUCCCUGUGCUCUGUGUUGUGUUUGUUCCGUGCUGUGUGUGUGUGUGCACCCGCCCUCCCAGCCCCCCUGGACAGGAGCCUGGCCCCCCUCGCCACUGCAGCGAUCCCCUGGAGCCGGCGGGUGUUCCCGCGUUUACGGACCCGCGUUCUCGGUGUCCCCCCGCGUCAACGUGCACAUGCCAAGCUGAAUUUUGAAUGUUCUCCCACCGUUGGUGUUAAUGCAGCUGGUCCGAUGCCUUUGUAUCUCUAGCUCUCGAAUUUCAGUUUGUAUCUGUUGUGAUGAACCAGUACUCAUUUUAGCUCUGCAGUAUAAUCAAGCAUGGAUAGAUGUUCACUACCAAUCUCUUUCUUGUGCAGCACUGGGUAAACUUUAGCAAUUUGUAAUGUUGUGUGGUCUUUUUCUUUAAAAAAGAAAGAAUGGUCAAUGUAGUCAAACCUGAUCUGGCCUGAGCUCUCCCUCGAGGAGCCUGAGGCUGACUUUGCAGAUCUGCCCAUAGCUGAUGAUUGUAACUUGUGUUUGUGGUGGUUCUCCAUCCUGGCACCAGACUGUGCCACGUAAAUAUACAGGAAUGUAUGCAUUAAACUGAUUGUAAGCAAAUCCUAAGAAUGCUACAGCAUAAUUGCUAAGCAAAAGGAAAAAAACCCGCUCUGUUUGCAACAGGAUCCUGUGUAUGACAGGAACAAAACCCCUGGCUGUGCAUGUUAGAACUUACUUGAAUAUGUGCACAGAUCUUGAAUUUUUUUUUAGCAAUGUCGCACUUUCAGUUGAGCUCAAGAAAUAGGAAGAGCUGCAAAUCUAAGAUAACAGUAUUGACUGUAAAUAUAUAUUUUUCUAUUAAUAAAAGCUGUCAUUCAAAUAUUUUUAACAUGAACUCUAAAGAUUUUUCCAGUGCAAACUAAUUUCUGGGAAAAUCAAAUGCUUGUUUGAAGAAUUAUGAUGAGUGGUUUCUGAUCCUAUUAGAGCCAUUAAAACCCUCUCUAAUGUUACAGAGAGAGCACAGUGAUUGGAUUCACAAUGUUUAGUGCCUUGUCAAAAACCUGAAAUGUAGCUGGUCAGUUGGUGGGAAUCUUACUCUUUUCAUAACAGCCCUAGAAAUAAUCCUGCCCACAUAAAGAUGCAAAAUACUUUGCAAAAUUAAAUGCUGUACUUCAUAAGAGACUGGGUUGAUCUGUUCCAUGAGAUUUGUGUUCGGGGUUUAUGUGACUGGGUCCCUUUAGGUUGCUUGUAGUACAGCAUAAACCUGAAGUGACAAAACUGUGGGCUUUCAAAUUUGGGAUCUGCACAGGGAGAGUAACAGUGGAUAACAAGUCAGUUGGUCUGGACUGACCAGGCAUUGAGAGAAGCCUUUUGCUUUGACAAUCUGCUGCAGACACUCUGCUGUGGGAAGGGGAGGAAUUAGUGUGGGAGAAGCGGUGAAGGUGAGAUGUGCUGCUCCUGCUGUAGGCAGGACACAACCUCUGUUCCAACAGGAGUGCUGAAAAAACUACUCUGAGAUGUUAUGGAAAAUGGGUUAGGUUUGUAUUCCUUAAGUGGGAAUGACUUAUUCACUAAUUACCUGUCAAACCUCAGAUCUGAUCUGGUCAAUAUGCAUAACCAGGUGAAUAUAAAGAGAAUCUACUAGUAAAAGCUUGCCUACAAAUUUUCAGGAAUGAGGGAAUCCAGAAGUUUCUUCUGGAGCCCCUGGAAUGUCCAAACAUAGAAGCCUGGUCUCACUUCCACAUUCAGACCUGAUGAAACCAGUAACUCCAGCUGGGAUAGCACGUUACUGGUGCACAGAUGAAAAUGCACGGGAGCGUUUACAGGAAUGUUCCACCUUAAAUCUUUUCUGCUCCACACAUCCCAGCAGCACCCACAAGGUAGGAAUGGAUCACCUUGACAUGUUAACACAAGGGAAUUCCCACGUGUUACAGAGAAAAAUAUACUAUUUAAGUAAGUUAUGUGUUAGGGUUCAGCUAUGUAGAGAAUUUAUUCAGCAGCUUCACACUGUAGGUCCUUAAUUUUAACAUGUAUUUGCUGCUGAAAUAAAAUGUAACUGUUUCUCAUGUCCCAUCUAAAUUAACUUUUUUUUGUUUGUAAUAGCAAGUAAAUCCAUAUGUAAAUAUAUAUGAAAUAGUCCUAUUUUUAUUUAAAUCAAUUUUAACUUUUCUGAGGGAUACAGUAGAAACUGAGUCAGAGCUUUUAAUGCACUUUCUUUUCCCCCUUUCCCCAAAUUGCCUGUUUGUUCCUCUGUGCAAACAGUACUUGGCCAUUAUUCCCUGCCUGACUAGACCAUCAGUUUUACUCUGAUUCUGCAGAGGUGGUGUUGGUUCUGCUAAAACUCCUGUAAAACCCAGAGCACAGUCAGAGCCCUUCAGUCAGCGCAGAGAGGGACGUGAUGGUGAUUCAGUUAUUCAGUGAGGUAACAUCGAAGAAGUGCAGAAUAGAAUUUUAAAUACCUCUUUAAAAUACACCUGUGGAAAUAAGUCUGUAAACAAUCAUCUGGAUUCCAAACACUUCAACAGAAGAAUACACAAAAACUACUUUUUUUCCAAAAGAAACACUGGAGAGAAAUUUCCUUAGGGCACCCUCAACUCCAAAAGGAGGAGCAAGUCCUUCUCCCUGCUGUGUUGCAGAGAAUUUCUAGUAGACAUUUGUAUGGAUUUUAUUAUUCACCUGGAUGCAGUAUUAGAAAGAUGGGGAUUUGGAGUGGCUGUAGAAUGUAAUUUAAAUAACUUCCUAAAGGUCUCCUUGCAUUGGUGCUCCACUCAGCAUUUACUUGGAAACCACAGAAUGCUCUCAGAUCAAGCAGAGUUGCCAGUGAGAAAUGAAAUAUUUCACUUACCUGUACAUAAGUGUUUUACCACUCUACAGAAUUUGAGAAUUUGGUUUGUACUUCAGACUAUAAAGAUAUUUUUUUUCCAUAAAUCCAAGGGGAAGAUUUCAGGGAUUUAGAAGAGGUUGGAGCUUUUUUAUAUGGAGGGAAUAUUUGUUCAUAAAUAUAUAUAUAUAUACAUACAUAUAUAUAUGAGUGCAUGUGGGCAUGUUUUAAUAUAUAUAUGUAUGUAUAUAAAUUUUGUAUCCCAGAAGUAUUCUUUGCCCCUUUUUGCUUGAAAAUAUAUAUAUUAUAUAUUGUAUAUAUAAUAUAUAUUUAAGAGUGUGUAAAUUUUUCAAUAGUCAUUUCAUAAAUAACACCUCUUCAAAAAUGACUCAAAACUUCUGUUUCCUUGUCCUUUGACUUGUUGGUAUGAGAAGGUUUUGCAGUUGAAAUCCUUGGGUUUUUUUCUUUUAAAACUUAAUUAUGCUGAGCAUUUAAGAUUAUGUUCUUGUUUUUAAUAAAAGGGGGAAAUUUAUUUUUAAAUUAGGGAUUCCAGAAUCAAUGGACUUUUUUAAAUGGGAUUUCUUUAAAUGCCUUGAAUAAGGGAAUUUUUUUUUUUUUCAAUUUCAGCUCAAUUCUUGUGGGUAAUUUGUAUUUGGAAUUCCUGGUUGCAUUGCUUUAUCUGGUGCUUCAUAUUGAUAUUUACACAUUUUUAUAUCAAUAAGUAUAUAAACUUCAAGCCUUCCUUUGUGAUCAGGGGCAGUUACACUCUGGUUUGCUGUGGUACUUUGCUGUGUACUCUGUGGCAUUCAUGUUACUGUGUAUAUAAACUAGUUUUAUUACACUCAAA